AUGCGUACCAACACUGUCUUCCUCAUCUUUGCGGCGGCUGCUGCUUCCGUGGCUGCCCAACGCGGUCGCCAGGGCGAGAGCGAGACCGGCGUCCGCUCUGAGGGCAGGCCUGAGGGUCAGCCGGAGGCAAAGCCGGAGGCCCCGCAGGAGGAGUCCGAGGAGGACUCCCUCCUCACCAGCCUGCUGAAACCGGGUCUUCGCGACCAGGUGUCCCGUGAUCACUACUGCUCGGGCAACUCCAGGAGCGGUCGCAACAGCAGGAUGCGCAACGCCCUGUGCAAGCCUGAGGUCAAGGAGGCGCCCAAGACAGAAGAGGCCGAGGAGCCUCGGAGGCAGCCUGAGCAGCGGCAGGCUCGGAACAAGGCUCCACAGAAGCAGAAGAAGUCCCAGGUCGAGCAACCCGAGGACGACGGCGCCGACCCUAUGACUGGGCGUCCGCGGGACCCUAAGGAUAAGGACGGAAAGCCAAAACAGCAGCAGGAGAAGAAGAAGCCCCAGGUUGAGCAGCCCAAAAAGAAGCACCAAAUAUCCCAGCCCGAUGGUGACAACCUCGACCAAUGGCAGCCUGAGGUUAAGGACGGAAAGCCAAAACAGCAGCAGGAGAAGAAGCCCCAGGUCGAGCAACCCGAGGACGACGGCCUUGACCCUAAGACUGGGGAUCUUACUAAGGGUGUUGAAGGAAAGUCAAUCAAGAAUCGGCCGCAGGCUCAGAGCAAACCUUCACAGAAGGAGAAGAAGCCCCAGGUCGAGGAGUCUCAGGAGCCCAGAUUCAGGGUGAAGUCGUCGAUGAACAAGGACACCUCCGGGGAAGCACCCGAGCACUUCAUCAUCAUAAAGAGGGACCACUCGCUUCCGGCUCCGUCCAGCACUUGCACCUCGACUCUUGCCACUGUCGUCAAGCCAACGAGCACCAAUGCGCCGAUCGCUAGCUCCUCGAGCUGCACCUCGACUCUUGCCACUGUCGUGAAGCCAACGAGCACCAAUGCGCCGAUCGCUAGCUCCUCAAGCUGCACCACCACCACCACCGCCCGACAGACCAUCUCGCUGCUGCCCGUCCCCUCGUCGACCUCAUGCACUACCACGCUCGCCACCAGCAAGGUUCCCGAGACUUCCAAGGCUCCUAGCUCUCCCGUCUAUCAGUCGACCGUCCCUGCUACCACCAAGGCCCCCGUCACGUCCGCGGCCUCGUCGACUUCGAUCCCCGCCCCGGUUGCUGAGACCUCGAUCCAGCCUGUGCCGACCAGCACUGUCCGCGCCACUCGCUACCUCACCCUCACCGGCAAGUCCUCCACCGCAGCCGCGCCCACCACCCCCACCACAUAUGCUCAUGCAUCAUCCUCCGCUGCGAUGCCCACCACCACCCACGCUCUUGCAUCCUCUUCCGCUGCGGUGCCCACAAUUCACGCUCCUACGUCUUCCUCCGUGGAGGCCGUCUACGAGACGUCCAGCGCACAGCCCCACACCACCGCCGCCCCCGAGAGCGUGACCGUCUCCACCAUGUACGCCACCCAGCGGUACACCGUCUCCUCGUGCGCCGCGGGCCAGAAGCAGUGCUCCAGCCACGCCCAGACCUUCAUCACCACCCAGGUCGUGCCCAUCUACACCACCAUCUGCCCCACCGGCGGCGUCAUCACCAUCAAGCCCACGCACAACGCCUACCCGUCGGUCCAGCCCACCAGCAGCUCGGCCGCCUCGGUCAAGCCCGUCACCACGGCCGUCGCCCACUACAGCACCGCGCGCAACCAGACGAGCGCCGCGCCCACCACCGCCGUCCCCACCAUCAGCAGCUACAAGGCCGUGCCGCACUACAACUCGACCCUCGCCUCGUCCGUCAAGCCCACCGACAAGAAGGACACCAAGGCCCCCGCGCCCACCUACACCCCCAUCGUCAAGGUCAACGGUACCUCCUCGGCCAUAUACCCCACUGGACCUACCGCCGGCGCCACCACCGGCGUCUCGCCCAGCAAGAGCCCCAUGCCCACCAUGGGCUCCGGUGCCGACCGUGCCGUCGUUGGCCUGGCCGCUCUGGCCGUGCCCUUGCUGUUCUUGUAA